AUGUACUGUUAUAUUCUACUAGAUAUCUAUGCUUACUUCAAAGAUCAACCAACAUUAGUAGAAAUAGAUGUGCCUCCAAAACAACGUUUCACAAUUUGUGGCGAUAUUCACGGACAAUUCUACGAUCUCUGCAAUAUUUUCGAUAUCAAUGGUCUUCCCUCGGAGAAGAAUCCUUAUUUGUUCAAUGGGGACUUCGUGGAUCGCGGUUCCUUUAGCGUGGAAACCAUAUUUACAAUGUUCAGCUACAAGCUCUUGUACCCGAAUCAUUUCUUCUUAUCCAGAGGAAACCAUGAAAGUGACGUAAUGAACAAGGUAAAAUCAAAUUCUUUCUUGCGAUUUUACUGUUUUGCCCCAUCGUACUGA